GGCCUCGCCCCCGGUUCGUCCGUCCCACCUCCCGCAGAGCUUCAGGAGGAGUAUGUAGGUAGUAUGCAUGUACUAACCUCAUCCAUCCAUCCGUCCAUCGACCACCAGGCCCCUUCACCGGUCUCCUGCUAGCAGACUACGGCGCCUCCGUGCUACGGAUCGAUCGCCCGAAAACCACCAGUGCGGACCAGUUGACCCGCCGCAAGACGUCCGCGACCCUGGACCUCCGAGACCCCGCCUCGCACCGCGUGCUGCUCUCCGUGCUUCGGGAUGCCGACGUCCUGAUCGAUCCGUACCGUCCCGGGGUGCUGGAGCGGCUGGGCCUUUCUCCGUCCGAGGUUCUCCUCAAACAUAAUCCGCGGCUGAUCGUGGCCCGGCUGACGGGGUUCCGUCGCGACGGGAAAUACAAGGACAUGGCCGGCCAUGAUAUCAAUUACAUUGCGGUGGCGGGCGUCUUGUCCAUGCUGGGUCGGUCGGCGGAGCGGCCGUAUGCCCCCGGGAACCUCCUGGGAGAUUUCGCUGGCGGGGGCGCUACGUGCUUCUUGGGGAUCUUGCUGGCGUUGAUCGCCCGCAUGCAGACGGGACGGGGCCAGGUCGUCGAGGCGAAUAUGGUCGAUGGCUCCGCGUACCUGGCUGCGAUGCCUCGCUUAGGUCGACAGACGCCCAUGUGGAAUGCCCGCCGCGGGCAGAAUCUGCUGGACGGGGGCAGCCCUUUCUACGAUACGUACGAGACCAAGGAUAAGGGCAGGUAUUUCGCAGUGGGCGCGCUGGAGCCGCAGUUCUACGCGGCGCUGUUGAAGGGGCUGGGGUUCAACCCGGACGAGCUCCCGUCGCGGGACGACAAAGACAACUGGCCUGCCCUUCGGGGUGCGUUCGCGAAGCGGUUCAAGGAGAAGACCCGAGCGGAGUGGGAGGCCGUGUUUGAUGGCACCGAUGCCUGCGCCACGCCCGUGGUGGAGCAGGAUGAGCUCGAGGCCAGUGGCUUCGAGCAACGUCCCAUCGUGCAUCUGGGCGAGACCCCGGGGCUGCCCAUUUCGGCCGACGACGGGGGCUGGACGGGUGGGGGCCUGAUCCCGGGGACCGGAAGUGAGGAGACCCUGAAGACGUGGUUGGGGUGGGCAAAAGGCCGCGAUUAUGAUGUCAGACGCGAUGGAGCACUGGUGCAGCUCCCAGAUGGCAGGGCGAAGCUGUAAGGAGGGAGAGUGAUCGAUGAUGAUCCUAAUACGAGAUGGUAUGCCAAAAAUGGAUAUUGAGUUGGGUUAGGCCUUGGGUGGAUGAGGCUUGGACAGCGAGUGGCGUAGGGCUGAGCAGUUGGGAAACGGGCGAAUAAGCAAGUGGUCGAGGACGGCCAACCGCACGAUGGGGGGAACCUUAUCUGUCCCCGAUGUACGGAGUAGUCAUCCUGUUGAUACACACAAACACAAACACACUUUUGGGUCGCGACCGAAAAAAUCGGGACUGGCAG